GUUCACAUCAUAUGAAAAUUAAUUCUUUGAAGUAAACAUUGUGAUCACUUCAUAACAGUCUUGAUUUGCACUGUUUAUCUUUAUGCCCUUCAUCCAUGGAUCACUUCUGUUACAAGUUUGAGAUCUUAAAUCCUUCUCAUCCUGCCUUGAUUCAUUGAAUCCUGAUGCCUUGGAAAUAUAAUCUUCUAGGGCCUCUAGAAAAGAUGGAACCAUCAACUUAUUUGUGCAGCAAUGAUAUUCAUACUACGGGCCCUUCAUCUACAGUGGAGGAGAGUCCCACGACGAUCAUAGAGGAUGUUGUUCCGACAGUUAAUGAGGAUCCUGAUGUUACACAGAUUCAUACUAUGGGCCCUUCAUCUAUAGUGGAGGAGAGUCCCACGACGAUCACAGAGGAUGUUAUUCCGACAGUUAAUGAGGAUCUCGAUGUUACACAUGUUUAUAUUCAUACUACGGGCCCUUCAUCUACAGUGGAGGAGAGUCCCACGAUGAUCAUAGAGGAUGUUGUUCCGACAGUUAAUGAGGAUCCUGAUGUUACACGGAUCACUUUAUCACCACUCUGGUCUACACUGUUACUUUCAUUAUGCCAGUGGAUGAUAUGCCGCAAACACCCGGAAGAAAAAAACUUGUUAAAAGAAUUGUAAAGAAUGUGAACAUAAAGAAUCUUCCGGCCAAAAAGAGGAAGAGGAACAAUGAAGAUGAAGAUGGAUAUACGGGACUUAGACCGCGAGAUGUUUUACGGAUUUCAAAAAAGGGUUGUGGAACAUAAUAUUAUUAUAUUUGUGUAUGAAUCUUUUUUUGAGGGUACAUAGUAAAUUAUUCUAAUCAUAUAUAGUUUUAUUUUGGUGUA